AUGAAAAAAACAUUUCCAUUAAGUUAUCGAACAAAAAAGAGGAGAAUUAAUGAAGAGUUAGAAGCGCAUUAUAAUUCUGUACAAGAUAAUUCUUUUAUUAUUGAUAACUCUCCUAGUAAUUUAUCACAAAUUACAGAAAAUAAUAUAGUUGAAACGAAUAAUAGCCCAAACAAUAAUAAUUUUGUAUCAGAUGAUAGCUUAACGGAUAAUAUCAAUAAGACUCAAAAUUAUAAUUUAAAUACUGAACAUUUUAAUGAUCUGUUAAACUUAAAUACUUCAACUGAUGGUGAUUUUAUAUAUUUUGAUACAGACAAAUCUUUUUGUUUUGAGUUAGCUGAUUGGUCAAUACAAAACAAAAUUGCACAUACUGCUUUAAAUAGUCUCCUAUUAAUUUUAAGAAAACAUAAAUGUUUUUCUACUUUGCCCAAAGAUGCUAGAACUAUUUUACACACAAAACCAGUAGAGUUAUGUAAAAUGCGAAUUGUUGAUCCUGGUAAAUAUUACCAUUUUGGAAUCGAAAAUGGAAUUAAUAGAUACUUUUCUACUUUUAAUAAAACUGAUCAAUCUUCAAAAGAAAUAAAUCUUGUUAUUGGCAUCGAUGGAUUGCCUAUUUCUAAAAGCAAUUCCAAUCAAUUUUGGCCCAUUUUAGCUUAUGUGAGGUCAAAAUGUAAUGUUGUUUUUCCAGUUGGACUAUAUUUUGGUACUGAAAAGCCAAAUGAUAGCAAUGAAUUUUUAAAAGAUUUUGUAGACGAAGCAAAACAUUUAGUUGAAAAUGGUCUAGUGAUUAAUAAUAGUAUUUAUAAGAUAUUAUUAGAUGUUUUUUGUUGCGACACUCCCGCAAAGGCAUUCAUUUUGAAAAUAAAAGGUCAUAAUGGUUUUUCUUCUUGCGCAAGAUGUGAAAUUGAAGGAGAGUAUAAAGAGAAUCGGCUAUGUUUUCCUUAUUGUGAUAUUUCUAAGCGAGAAGCCAAACGAACGCAUAAUAAUUAUGUUCAUCAAACUGAUAUAAAUCACCAUUUACCAUAUACUACUAUUUCAAGGAUUGUAGAAAUAUCUGGUGUGGAUGUUGUAUCAUCUUUCUCCCUUGAUUACAUGCAUCUAGUAACUCUUGGUGUAAUGAAAAAACUUUUACUAUUGUGGAUCAAAGGACCAUUAAGUGUUCGUUUACCAUCUUCAAAAAUAAAACAUUUAACCAAAUUAUCUUUAAGUUUCAAAUCUGAAUUUCCAUGUGAAUUUUCUCGGAAACCUAGAUCUCUAGAUGAAGUGGCACGCUGGAAAGCUACUGAAUUCCGUUCAUUUUUGUUGUAUGUUGGUCCUGUUAUAUUGAAAAACAUUGUAUCAUUUAUACAAUAUGCUGAUGAUUUGUUAAAUUACUUUGUUGAAACAUUUGAACAAAUCUAUGGACAGUAUCUUGUAUCUUCCAACAUUCAUGGAUUAAUUCAUUUAGCAGAUGAUUUUAAACAGUAUGGGCCUCUUGAUAAUUGCAGUGCGUUCCCAUUUGAAAACUAUAUGAAAGUUCUAAAGAGUAUGCUAAGGCAGCCUAAUAAGCCUUUAGAACAAGUAGUAAUAAGAUAUAAUGAAAAUGGAAACUUUAGUCUGAAUAAAAAUGAAACCGUCCAAAUUGAUGAAAAUGGCUUAUUAUCAGGACCACAUAAUGAUGGACCUUUAUUAAGUGGCAGCGUUAAUCCACAAUUCAGUUCUUUAAUUCUGAGUAGUUUUAAAAUUAAAUGUAAAAUAGAUGCUGAUUCUUAUUUUGUUUCUAAAACUAAUGAAGUUAUAAAAUUAAUUAAUAUUGCUCACUCACAUAACACUGGUGAAGUGGUUUUGAUUGGCAGAAAAUUUGAAAUUAAGGAAUUGUUUUAUGAUAAACCUAUAAGAUCAUCUUGCUUUGGAAUAUAUAUCGUAAAACAAUUAUCAACUAAUUUAUAUAUGUGGAAUAUAAAUGACAUUCAAAAUAAAGUUAUGAUAUUAUCAUGCAAUAAAGAUUGCAUUGCUAUCCCUUUAUUACAUUCAUCAUAG